GAGAAAAGCUUUUGUGUGCAGCCCGUGAAAAUUUUAUCGGUUUUCCACAGCAACAUACUUAACGCGAAGUCGAAUGGAGUGUUUGCGAAAAAAUGGUCUUUUUUCGGGAAAAUUUCGUUGAAAUAGUGUGAAUCUUUCGAAAGAAUAUAAAUUUCGGUCCGUGGUUUCACUGGGUUAUGAAUAAAAGUUUGAAUAUUUUCGUGAAGAUGUAGAAAAAUGCAAUCGAAAAAUCUUCGAUGUUCUAUCGUUGCCAGUGGAGGAGAAAAAUAUGGAGAGCAGAAUGAGGAGUAUCUGUGCAGGAGCCUUUUCUUGAAAAGAAUGGUUUUAAAAAAUUCGAGGAUGGAAACGAAAUUCCCUCGAAAGUGAUUCCAUAAUGUGCGAUUUUGUUCUGCAGUAAUUGAUGGAAUAAAGUGCAAAUAAAAUGGAAUACGAAUGGUGCAGUAAUUUCGAUCGUGAAUUAUGAACCUCUAUCCAGCUGUGAGAUGGAACUAAUAUCGAAGCUGUAUCCCCCAUAGUGUACAAUGGACACCACGCCAUUCGUACGGGUACCAUUAGGCUCGGGCCGGUUUGUUAUGGUUCCGCUGAUGUUCCGCCCAGAGCCCAGUGUGAGUGAGUAGCAUCGGGUGCCCUAAUCGAGACGUGUCGCCGUUUGCCUCAACCAACCCUGGCCAAGUGUGGGUGGUCCGGGUGAGGAGGAACAGGAGAGGGGGCAGCAAACAGGUGGAGGAUUCGUUCGUUGGCAAUUGUUUCCGGAAAACGUGAAAAUGUUUACCAAAACCAAUCGCGACAUUCGUUUCUCAAGUGUAGCCAACGGCGAGGACAAUGAUAACGACGACAGCAGCAGCGAGUAUCAAUUUUCAAAAUGUGAAACCAAACUGAAAAAAUACAAAGUGACGAAACCGAAAGUUGCGAAUACUAGUGGUUGGCCAACGUCCUGGCCUUUCCGGGUGACCAUUAUCAACAUCAUCAACUUCACAGGUGAAAGCAAUCGAGUGAACACUACCAGUGCUAGUGCAAACUGUUACCGAUACUUACUCUAACGAUUGCUCUAUAAUCGGAGAAGUAUAGUCAGUCGUAGUCUUGUUUGAUGUGCUUGUGUACAUAGUGUAAAGGUGAAGCAUAUGAUUUGUGUAGCAAUUCCUAAGAGCAUAAGCGAUGAAGAAAAUAACGAAAUAGUACGUAAGCUCUAUAGCUACUAUCUACUAGUGCUUCUCUAUUGUCGAAUAUACCAUAUAUCAGCAAAAGGAAAAGUGGAUGGAGAAGUGAGAAGAUAAAAAUAUACAUAUAUGAAGAAAAAAAAAACGAUAACCAUAGUCGGUUACAGAUUUAGCGAACACAAUUUGCUUACGUACACGCACUAAGUGAUAAGAUAACCAAGCGUUGGGAUACGCUAGAUAUCGUAUUUCCACACCUAACUAGGAUAUUACCAAAAUGGCCGAUAUGCCCGAUUUAUCUCAUCUGACACAGGAGGAACGUGCGAUCAUUGAAAAUGUUAUGCUACGACAUCGACAGGAGGAGGAGCAGGAGAAUGAGAUUAUGCGACGGAAACAGGACGAGGUGGCGACGCUCGUCGAUUCAAUCAGACAGAAAUCGGAGCAGCAGAAGAAGGCCGGCAUCGAGCUUGAAGCGACGUGCCACAUUUGCCUCAAAACAAAAUUUGCGGAUGGCAUCGGGCACAUCUGCAAUUAUUGCAACAUCCGUUGCUGUGCCAAAUGUGGAGGCAAAGUCACGUUGCGCAACAACAAGGUGAUAUGGGUUUGCAUCGUUUGUCGGAAGAAGCAGGAGCUGUUGUCUAAGACCGGCCAAUGGAUGAACAAAAGCACAAGUCCGGACGGUUCAGUCCGACGGAUGGACGGCGACCCAAGGGGCCACCUUCAAGGUUUCGAUCCUCUCGAUCCAUCCGACAAACGACCCAAACUGGAGCGAGCGAGAAGUGCGGCCGAGAAAGAGAACAAUCCUAUGCAACGUUCCGGAAGCCAAUUGAGACGACAGUACUCUCAGCAGGACCCGCCGGUGCGUCGGAUGUCACAGUCUGACAGUGGGGUCGAUAUGUCUGGACCACCGCAUGCUCGACUUCCGAUGCCUCGAACGCACCCACAGGGAGGAGGUCAACAGCAUAAUCCUUACGGACAGUACUCUCAGCAUGCCAGUCUUCCGCAACCACCGAUGCAGUCCGCACCCUACGGACAUCACGUUAACCCACAGGUGCAAAUCACUCGCCCGAGUGGAAAUGUUGGCAGCAUGGGAGGGUACGGACACGAUGAUCCCAGCUAUUACCAGGGUGAAAUCGAAGAUUUGAUGCGAGCCCAUCCGCAUCUGGUGCAUCCUCGGCAACAGCAGCACUACGCCGAAUCGAUGCAAUCCGGGGCACCGAGCUACGGAAGUGGCAGCAGUAGCGGGAUCGUGAUGCCUCCGGAACCUAUGAAGAAACAUAAGCGCCCCAUGGGUGGACCAUACUUGCCGCAGCAGCGAUCGUUUAGCAGUUCCGACGAGGACAUCCAAUCGACGCCGGAGUACGAAGCUGGGCACCAUAAACAAUAUUAUGAUAAUCACUCUCGACUGAAUCCAAGCCUAACCGAUUACCGAGCGAGAAAGCUGGAUGUGCAACAAAGAAAUAGCUAUAAUAGAACGAACCACAACCGGUACCAAAGUCAGCAGUCGCAUAGUCAGGAGCCACUACCUCAGGUAGUGGUUGCCGAUAGCACGAUUACUUCUUCAGCGUACGAUAACAAUAAUCAUCACCACAGUAGUAGUCACCAUAGUCAGCAUAAUACUCACCAGUCAGUGCCGCAAUCCCAUCAACAACAUCAACAUACCAAUAGCCAGUAUCAGUAUAUACAGCAAACCAGUCGGUACAGUAAUUCCGGUUCCGGUUCCGGGGGUCCUGCCGGGAAUGACCUGCAGGAUCCGUACUGGGACGAUCCGGCCGACAGCAGGCGGUUCACCGAGCGAAGAAAGAAAACCGUGAGAUUUGAUGGCCAGGACUCGGACGAUUGGGGCCGGUGGGAGUCGGAACGGCAGGGAAGCCAGGAUUCGGCCACCAAAGAUUCCGGCAUCGACACGAGCAGUACCUUCACCAGCAGCGAAGACUCGAACCGAGGCGAUGGCCCUAAGAAUCCGGUUAGUUGGCAAGUUUCGGCCGAUGGCAGCCGUAUGAUCGGUCGUAUGGUCUUGCAGAGAACUGCCGACAGCGAAGACGUUUUAGGACUGAAAGUGCGCGGUGGCCAAGUUCUGCCAAGUGACGAGAAGGCAGCCAUCGUUGAGCAAGUACGACGCGGCUCCAUUGCCGAUCAGGAGGGACACAUCAGGCCAGGCGACGAAGUGGUCCAGUGGAAUGGGCAUUCGUUGCGGGGCAAAACGGCCCAACAAGUAUACGAUAUUAUCAGUGAUAGUAGACCGGAAUCAUUCGUAGAGUUGCUCGUGACGCGCGAGAUUUCUAUCAAUCGCAAAAACACCCAAGCAUCGUGGCAAAAGUCGCAUUCUCCGACGCGAAUUAAAACGCAUCGACAAGGAGAGAGCUACGAUCGACGUGAUAAACCCAGUGUCCUAGUGACGUCACCGGGCUCGCCGGAUUUGCACAGCGUCCGUAACUACUCUGGCAAUCUGCGCUAUCCGACCAACAGACUGACGCCGGCCGGGCAGCAGCAAAUUUCAGCACAACAACAACAGCAACAGCAGGAGAACAGCGUCGGCGGGCGGGUUCAGGUUAAGUUGGGGUUCGAACCGAGCUCGCUGCAGCUGAUCGUUACCGUGAUCUGUGCCUCGGGUCUGGUGCCGAGGCUGAACGGGGCAGCGCGAAACCCGUACGCCAAAAUCUGUCUGCUACCGGAUCGAAGCGAGAAAUCAAAAAGACGCACCAAAACACUAGCACUAACCAACGAACCUCGCUGGGGUCAAACAUUCAUCUACGAGGGCCUGCGGCGGGCCGAUUUGCAGAGUCGACUGUUUGAGAUCACCCUCUGGGACUACGUACGCUACGGAGCGAACGAUUUCCUAGGGGAAGUAAUCGUCGAUCUGGUGACGCAUCCUUUGGACGACGAACCGGAAUGGUAUAUGCUUCAGCCGCACCAGGAGUCCCUGCGGGAUUCAUUGCGUAGAGACGAUAGAGAACCCGGCAACGAAUUGGAUAUGAUUUUGACCCCGACCGAUCAUUUAUCGCCACCGAGUACCACGUCAAGGUUGAGUGACUCUGACACGACUUCCGAAUGCGAUAUCGAUGGUCUGAUGACUGGACGCGACGGCGCUAGCGUAUCAUCACUAGGAAGCUCAUCAAGCCCUCCGCCAGAGGUUGAUCUACAGGAGCGAAGAUCACGGCGGGAUAUGUCUCCCCAGGGACGAAAACGGGCGGCUGGAAUGGUAGCAAAGGAUUUUCGAACGGUGUCCGGCGUAGGACAGGGCUUUCAUAACCAAAUGAGUAAUGAGGCAACCUCUUCCUACCGGCGGAACGGCACGAUGGCACUGAAUCAGCGUAGCCAGUCGGCUGCACCGAGCGAAAACUAUCGCGACGAUCGGCGGGGCUCGCUAUCGCCACAAGAUGAUAGAUAUACCGAAUAUCCAGUUCUUCCAUUACAUCAGUAUGCGCCAAGAUUUCAAUCACGAUCAGCGACAGCGACACCAACUGGUUCACCGAAGAAACGACAAUUACCACAAGUACCUCACGUGUCACGAAAUGCGGCAAUGCGCGAGCGGUUUAUACAGGACUUCGAGGAGCGCAGUGGCGGACGCUUCGGGCGGCAUCGGGGCCGCCAGGGUCAUCAUCAGCCAACGUAUCGUAGUACGGGGAUGGGAGGGUGGGAACGGCACUAUUCCGGAUUAUCUGACAGUGAUCUGACGACACACUCAUUAGAAAGUAGGAUUAGACCUAGACACUCGUUAUCUCCGGAUAAGGAUUUCAUGGGUGAUUUUGGCGAUUCCGAUAUGGAGUCGGUAGUUAGUGUUACUUCAAGUGCUUUUUCAACUCAGUCGGAGCGACCGCGGGGAUCAAGGGGGAUAAGGAAUGUGCAUGAAAGACGCCUUCAGCAUAGAAGUCUUCCAUCCGGCUGGGCCACGACCUCUUUGUGCGCGCUUCCAAGCGAGUAUCCGUUUGGGCCGCCAGUCAGCGAGUCGGAACAAGUCACACAACUCCCGAAAAUCCCUUCCAAUGUAAUCCCUGUAAACCACCUUCCCGUUCAAGACUCUCUUUUGGUUCCCAUCAGUGAAGACAUUCCUGCUCCUGACGAUGAUUGUUCUGUACUACCGCUAAUGAAUCCACCUGCCGGUGUUAUUCCUCCUUUAGCUGAAGAGAGCUCACUUGUUUCAAACCCAGGUGUUUCCACUUCCUCGGCUUAUCAACUUCCAGAAGUUCCUAUUAGUAGAUAUUAUAGCGAACAAUGCAUAACCCUCAAUCAGGACAAAAGUACAAUCCAAAGUUUCGUAGUGAACCCUAGAAAUGAAAAUGUAAUGACGACUUCCUUGAAUCUUUCUAACGCAUCAUCAACAGAGCCUUCGUCAUUCGAAUUUAAAUCUUGCUCAUUACCGAGAGAAAGUUUCAUGGAUUAUAGUGCGGACCAGAUGUCAACUUCGUUGCAAGGCUCGGAUAUAUACUCUAAUCAAGGAUUGAGAAGUUCUCGGAGACCAUCGUACAUAUCUCGAUCCAAUACUUCUGAGCCCAGUUUGAACACUAUGAAUAUAGUCAGGAGAGUGUCGAAGGAUCAGUACGUUCCUCGAAAUCAAUCCAUCUCAAUUUGCAACAGAUAUCUGCCUACAAAUAGUGAAAGUAUGGUGCCUCCGACAAACCAAAUCAUUUUGAAAUCUUCCUUUUCUGAUCAGAACCUGCAAAACAGUGUCAUCUAUGAACAAGGUAACAAUCAGGCUGGAAAUAUUUGCAUAUCAAAUGUGUACGAUUCUAGUAAUGGAAUGAAAAACCAAACGAUUACAUGUAUCAGAAAUUCAAUGGAGAAUUUGGGAGAAAGCAAUAUACGCUAUUCUAGCAACCAAGCAGGAACAGUUUGUCAAUUUUCUGCUCCAGAUCUUCAGUUCACAUCAUCUAUUGGGAGCAUCCAAGAUUUACACGCUAUCCAACCGUAUUCCAGUCAAGCAAUGAUAUGUUCCCAAGAGUCAGGUAUCAAACAACAAACCAUUGAUCAUGUUCAAGACGAAGAAUACGUCGUAAGCGACUUAGAGCCGGAUCCGGAAUUGGUCUUAGGAAAACCAGUUGAAAUUUUGAAGUCUCCUAGUGAUCUUCCUAGUUACGGACGAGCGGAUAUUGGCUUCAAAGACACUUACCUGGGAAAUGCCUUUGCCAAGAAUCAGGACCAAAUAAGUCGUUCCCAUUCGUUAAUUGCUAGUGAUCAGAUUAUAGAUAUCGAGUACGACUCAGAUAUCGGGUACAAAACGAAAAGCGUUCGGAAGAAUGUUUUCGCUAGCAGUUACGAGCAGGAAGUUUAUCGAAAACGGACUCGUUCGCUUGAGUUUAAUAAUGAGCGAAUUGAUGAAGCAUACGCGCCCUUGGAUUCGUUUGGAUCGAAAUCAAGUUUGGAAAAAAGUAGCAUGACUUUGAACAUCGUUAAGAAUGUUGAAGACUCGAGUGGCAAAAAUGAUGUUCCUCAAGGCAAGGAUCCUGCUACGAAGACCAAACUUGAUAAGGUAGCUCCAAGAAAGUCAGACGAGGAUAAAAAACCAAAAGCACCUUCUAAGACAACAAAGCCUUCAGCGACAACUGCAAAGAAGGGAGGUACGAAGAGUCCAAAGCGAGCUUCGAGCACAUCUUCCCUUAAUCGUUCCGGUUCUGUCAAAGGUAAAACGACGAAAUCAAAGAGUCCAGCUCCAAGAGCUAAAUUACCAGAAAGACCAAAAUCCAAAACCGAUUCUAAAAAAGUGGACACUAAAGCAACGAAGAUUAAGACUUCAUCUAUGCACGGAAGUGCAGAAUCUGUCAAAUCAAGUUCGAAAGAGGUUAGAAAAGACAGAUUGCCAAAACCCAAAAGUUCGCAGAAGCUUCAGGACAACCCAGCGUUCUUAAACCGAAGCCGUUCUUUCAGUGAUGGUGAAAAUGAGCGAGGUCGAGAGCAAUAUGACAAAUACGAGUUCAUCGAAGGUCGUAAACACUACAUUAUCAAAGAAGACAAGCUAAAACAUAUCGAUCAUAACAGGAGUCAUUUCAAGACAAUUAAUCCAAGGAAGGAAGAUGAGUAUCGGUACAACCAGAAAUCGGAUGAACUAUUUCAAAAAUGUCGCAGCUCCAGUACUAUUUCAAAUGAUGAGGACUACGCCAAGUCUCGUCGUAAAGAAAGCGACGAAGAUGAAGGUUCAGAUGACGAUGUGUUUGAGAGUCCAUUUUCAAGGGGAAGGAAUUCGUCAUUCAAUGGCAAGUCUUCCUGCAGACGCAGAUCGCGAUAUGACACCCGCCGAACCAGUAGCUUAGAAGAUUUGAAAAAGUUUAUUUCCAACCACCAGCAGUCAGAAAACAUAACCAGUAGUAGAAGCGAUACAACUAGGCAUAGUUCUGUUAGUAUUAACGAGAAGCCAGAAUACUUUGAGUACAGCAAAUCUCCACCCCCACCUGCACACCGUGGUAGGAAUGCUAAUUAUUCUGAUUGUUCCAAUCGUUCCAAAUCCUCCAAUGGUAUUGCUCUGCUUCAAACCGAACCGAAACGCACCUCGUUGAAAAAACCUUCAACCGGCUGUGACUUUCCCGUCGUUUCGAAAUCGUCGUCCUCGUCCUCGUCGGCGGCCAACACGACAAAAAUCCGAAAACCGUCCCGCGGUGACGAUCGGGAUCAACCACAACAACACCACGCUCGCCAUCGGCAACAACACCGGCACCACCAAAGUGAUUACGAUAUGCGAGAUCGGGGCCGGUACGGGAACAAUGGCGGGCGAGAUGCGUACCGGCAGCGUGACCGGGACCGGAACAGUAGCGAUCACGAUCGGGAUCGUGGCGAUCUGAGCGACCGAGAGCAACGAGAAUCGCGGGAACGGGCUGAUUUGGACCGAAGUCUUUCGAACAAUGAGGGAACGCCCGAAGAUAAGAUAGAUGGUAGUUUGAGUGACACCGCCGUGAUACAGAGCCUCGAUUCGCGGCGCAAGCUGGACCAGCGGUCGCCAAAAAGCGAAACCCCCACCAGAGACCGAGAACGCUUCGGUGCCGGAAUGGGCAUGAAAAGCAACUCCACCUCCCAACUAUCGGCAACAGAUGAAAAAGGUCGUAAGCGCCGAAUGGGGUUUGGUAGGCGUGGCAAGAACUCCUUCACCGUGCAUCGAAGCGAGGAGGUGUUACCGGGGGAAGUUCGCGGUGGUCUUUCACGGGGGUCUUCGGCGUCUAGCGAUGGCGAAGGAAGCGCGGAUGGCGACAGAUGGUCGCCAUCACUCCGGAUGGCCGGCGAUACGGGCCCGCUGUCGGACUUCAUCGAAGGUUUGGGACCAGGACAGCUUGUCGGGCGCCAGGUACUGGGUGCUCCUGCCUUAGGUGAUAUUCAACUGUCUAUGUGCUAUCAGAAGGGUUCCUUAGAAGUUGAAGUGAUAAGAGCGAGAGGAUUGCAGGCACGACCUGGCUCAAAAGUACUUCCAGCGCCUUAUGUUAAAGUGUAUUUAGUUUCCGGUAAAAAAUGUAUAGAAAAAGCUAAAACAACGACUGCUAGGAAAACAUUAGAUCCAUUAUAUCAACAACAAUUAGUAUUUAGAGAACCAUUUGCAGGCUGCAUACUACAAGUGACAGUAUGGGGCGACUACGGACGGAUGGAGGGCAAAAAAGUGUUCAUGGGAGUAGCUCAAAUCAUGCUGGACAACCUAAACCUAUCACACAUCGUCAUCGGAUGGUACAAACUGUUCGGAACCACGUCACUGUAAUGAAAACCUUGACAAACCUCAGCAUAAGUUUCAUCGGCGUACCUACCCUAUGGUUUACACAUUUCGAAUCUUUAUUUUCAUAUCACGAAACCAAACGCCAGUUAGUGGUAAAAUGCCAACAACCGAUCGAAACGGCGCCAUGAUGUUCCAGUAUAGGAGACUAGACUAAACAAAUGAAAUAAUAUAUUAUUAACAAAUUCAGCGACGAGUGCAGAUGAACGAGUGAGCGAUCGAGAGAGAGAUAUAAAACUAAAAGAAAACUAGAGAGAGAAAACCCAAACCAAAAAAAAUUAACAACAAAAAUAGCAAAAAAAUUAAAAUUUAAAAAAUAAACGAGCACGGAAAGCGAGAGCGAUUUUCAGAUUUUUCGCGUAUUUAUAAGAACAAAAAAUACACCUAAGGAAAAAAAUGAAACUCAAAUCUGUGAAUUUAUUAAAAUUAAUAUUUGAAGAAGUAUUGAUACAAUUCAUCAAAAGAAAAUUUACAACAUCAGAACAUUCAUGACAAAGAAAGUUGAAGCUACUUUGUAAAAAGAUGAAACAAAUAAUCAAGCCUUCCAUUAUAUUUAUGAAAACAAGGAACAUUUAAUUAUUAAUUAUCACUUUAUCAGAUCAAAUAUCUUGACAUUAAAAAAAACCAACCGUAAGCUCUAACCAAUACAUUCAUUCCUAAUCUUUUAUUUUUAAUUCCAAGAAGAAAAUUCCAAACAAUCAACAAAAAAAAAAAUGAUUAAAAAAAUACAAGAAACGGAAAACAAACAAAACACGAUAGGACAACCGAAUCGAAUUCGUUCACUCUCUCAAUGAUUUUCGCCAAAUUGACAUACGUGCAUUUUCAUGUAAUUUUCUCUUUCCUAUUUCUCAUUCAAACUCUCAUAAGACUAUAAAUAUUGCGACCGCCAUUUAGUGUACAGCUGGUAUGGAACAGGAAUAAAAAAAAAUGAAACAAAACAACCUUUUUUAUGAGCAAGUAAAAAAAAACAUUCGAAGACGAAAAAAAAUCGCUACACUCAUUGAACAAAAAAAAACAAACAAAUUUGUAAAUCUACUGCAGUAAUCUAAUGAGUAAAAUGAAGCAAACUAAUUGAGAAAUCCUUUGUACAUAGAACCAAAAACAAUACAAACAAAAGAAAAACAUAGCAUCAAAUAAAACAACAACAAAAAUACCGAACGCAAGCAAGAAGAGGGGAAACACGAGAGAAACAAAAAACAAC